CUCCUCCUCCCGCCCUGCUCGCUUCCUUCCCCCGCGCCGGGCGCUGCGGGAGGCGCCAGGAAGGAGCGGAGGAUGGGGAUGGAGCGGCUCUCCGCCGGGAUGCGGUGACUCCCGGCACCCCCGGCCCGCCUGCUCCGCGCCGGGACGCGGUGAAGCUGAUAGUCCCAAGCAUCGCUCUGCAAUGGCCUCAGGGAACAACGGGGACCCAGCGAGGGCCCCCGGACGCCGGGGAAGCGAUGGACGCCGGCUGUCGCAAGAGCUCAACUCAGAAAACCAGGUGGCGGAGGAGACGGAGCUCGUGUUCCGGAGCUACGCCCUGUACCGCUACCAGCAGGAGGUACAGGAGAGAGGGGCAGAAGUGCCCGUGGACCCAGAGAUCACGGAGGUCGAGCAGGAGCCGGACAGCACCGGGAGGCAGGUGGGGAUGCGCCUGGCCAUCAUCGGGGACGACAUCAACCGGCGGUACGAUGCGGAGUUCCGUGAGAUGCUCAAGUCCCUGCAGCCCACCAAGGACAACGCCUACGAGUACUUCACCAGGAUCGCGUCCAGCUUGUUCGAGAGUGGCAUCAACUGGGGCCGGGUGGUUACACUGCUGGGCUUUGGCUACCGCAUGGCCAUCCACGUCUACCAGCAGGGCAUCCCGGGCUUCCUCUGCCGCAUCGCCCGCUACAUCGCGGACUUCAUGCUGCAGAACCGCAUCGCGCAAUGGAUCGCCCAGCAGGGAGGAUGGGUGGCUGCACUCAAUCUGGACAAUGUUUACGUGACGUACAUGCUGGUGGUGUUGGCCCUGGUCGUGGUGGGGAACGUAGUGGUACGACGCUUCUUCAGGCCCUGACUGUGGUGGGGGCAGAGCCCGGGGGGGCCCGGCCAAGCUCGCUCUCAAAUCUCUGCAUUGACGUCUCCCAAGACAGGGAGGAUUCAAGGGACCUCUGAGAGAGAGCAGCUUGGACCGGUGACCCUCCCGCCGCAGGGCCCAGGGUCUCUGGCACCUAUGCGGACACCACCAGGGGCUAUGGAGAGAAGCAGUGGGGGGGCCGGGGGGGAACGUUCAAAUUUGUUGUCUGUUUUACGCCUCGCUGAGGACGGCGCAUCACCGUGCCGCUCCUGGCACGCAGCGGCGAGGCGGAACAGGCUCCUCUGGAGUCGCAAACAUGCUGUGAUGAUGCCGGGGUGUGUGUGUGUGAGCGUGUGGGUCUUGUCCGCGCCGUGGGGCAGGUGCAGAGUCCCCCCGUUGCAGAUGGCUCUAGCCCAGCCCCUGCCUGCAUUUGACGAGGGAUCGCAGCCUUGGUUGCUGCAAUCAAUGUCUCUACGUGAGCGUUAGCCCGUGCGGGGCUUUGCUUUCACCUUCCUCUGCUCCUGAGCCCAUGUACUUGAGCCUCCUCUUUCCUUUUAACAAGCAUCCCUGCCCCUUUUUAAAGAAACACUCUGGCUCCCUGUCCUCUGACCGGCGCUGGUGGCGCUGGCAGGCGGGAUUUCCCUGCCCCAGCCCGGGGCCCGUGUGCCGCCAGCCCGGGGAGCACCGGCAGGUUCCGCAGACACUACCGGAGCUGCGGGUGCCGGGCGGCACAGCCUGCCCGCCCUCCCUGCGUGACCAGCUGGUGUCCCUUUGGGUACCGCGGCUGCAGGCCCGUGCCGCGGCAGGACGGUGCCGGAGAGCCCUGGAUGAGCCCAGGGCUGCAGUAUUUCACGGCUUCCCAGACAGCAGAGCCCAGCCCCUCUGGGCACAGCGUCUUUGGGAGUGACUUGAUCUUGUUCCGUUCAUGACUAAUGCCUGAGCGUGAUUUUUAGGGGAGGGAGGGAAGCAGGCUCCACUCUCCCAAAUCUUUCUGAGUUUUGCGAAACAGGGGGAUCAUCUCAGCAUGACACGUGGCUUUGCUCUGCUCUUUUUACUCCAAGUGACUCUGUAAGGCUUGAAACUGUGACUGGCCCUGUCUGAGCCAAACCUGCUCCAGCACCAGCACCCCCAGAGCAGGUCGGGAGGGAGCAGAGGGACGUCGCGGGAGGGCGCGGAGCAGCGGUGCCAUGUCCGUGCUCCUCUCCUGAUGCACGGGGCCCUCUGGGCUGGAGCCUGGGACAAGGGGAGCCCUGAGCAGGCUGAGCUUUCCUGUCACCUGCUGCAGUGGCCACCACCAGAGCCCCCGGGGACAGGGACCGGGGAGCUGCCCCCUGCCCCACCGUGACAACCACAUUCCUGACACAGCUGGCUAACCUGGCUUGAAAACACUCCAGUGUUGCCUUCCUACAUUAAUCUCUACCUUCAGAUAAGACCUUUUUCCCCUCAGUUUCUAUCCCUUGCUGCAGUUUAAGCUUGUGACCACCCACCCUGUCCAACACAGGACAGGACAGCUCAAUCCUCCCUGCAGCACCUUAGCAGGACCUGCCAGAAUUCUGUAACACUUAUGCCAACACAUUCCUGCCUCUUUUAACAUCAGAAUGGCAAACCUUUCAUCCUGUCUCCGUAUCAGGGUCUUUCUGUGCUCAUCAUUUUGACCCCAACUGUUUCUGCGUAUCCAUUUCUCUAGUGGAGUGCCCUGGACUGCGCUUAAUAGAAAGGCAUUAAAAUAUUCGCUGUAAUAUUCCUCUUCUAUAUCUGUUUUGGUUGCUUUAUUCGCUUGGUGCGUGCUGAGCAGCACGGCCCUGCGGGCAUUGUCCGUGCUCGGGCUUUGCGGCUGCGCUGACCCCGAGCAGCUCAGAGCCCACGAGCUCCUUUCUCCCCUUGCAAGGGUAUUUCUUUGCAUUCACCCACAUGCAACUUCACUCGCCAUCGUGCCACCUCUUCACCUGUCCUGAGCAGAUCUGGAGAUUUCCUCGCGAUCUCGAGACUCUUCUCUGGUGUGAACCAGUCUCACCAGCUCAGUGUCAUCUGCAGUUUCCCAUCCCCACAACUUACCUUCUUCUGGCUGAAACACCACCAGAUGGAGCCUUUUUGCCACGAUGAAAAUGAAUUAAUUGUCUUUUUCCUUUUCUCUUGAUCGCCCCCAUUCUUGACACACCACCGUCCUCUCAGCUGGUGUCUGGUGCGGUUGUGUCUCCAGCAGGACUUUUUCAGAGGACCUUGGAAAGAGAACAGUACAGCAGCGUUUAUUCACUACGGCACUGACACCCUCCUACAACUCUAAGCUUGGAGAGAACUUGUGCUUGUCCCAAAAGCCAUGGGUGUUUCAGCUUGCAAACCAAAUUCAGCUGUAAGGCCAGCAGGCUUUAAAUAAAGAACGUUUUUCAGCUUUAUGGCAGCUGAUAAAGCCUGUGGUACCAGGACACGGAACUUUUAAAAUAGGUGCUGUAGCAAAGUUUCCAUUUGACCGUUUUCUCAGGGGAUCUGCAGGGGGUUGUCUCAGGGUGUCGGUGCGUUGUCUCCCUCUGCGCCCACCUCCCGUCGCCUUCCCACGCUGCUCACGGGGUGAAAGAACAGGCUGAAGCGGGACUGCGGGUGGCGGCCGGCGUGCAGUUCUGUGUCCCGUCACCGGAUGUCCCCAGCCCUGCGGCGCAGGACGGCGGGACAGGGGCUGGACCGGGUGGCAGCAGAGGGGACGGGGCGGGCUGGCCCCAGCAGCUGGUGCUCUGCGGGCUCGUGGAACCGCAGCGGGAUCUACCUCCAACCCACCCAGGGCCCGGGCAGCUCUGGCCGCGCUGCCACCGGCCACCCCGAGCACCUUCGCUGUUGCUCUGGCUGGCUGUGCCAUUUUGGAGUCUCUGCUAUAUAAGCAAGAGCUCCAGAUAAAACUUAGAACAACCCCGACAUUCCCUCGUAGGCUGAAUCAGGCAGUCUACUCUGCAGGGAUAAAGCCCUGAUCAACUAUGAUAUUUUUAAGCAGUGUAAACUUUGUUUAGCCAUCAGCCCAGUCACAUAUUGUAUAAUUUCCUGUCUCAGACAGGCCCAUCGAUGCACUGAAUAGCUGCUGUCCCCUUCCCAGCCGCUGGUGCUACUGGGGGUGACUGUGCCCAGGGCUUCAGCCUCUUCCCCUGCAGGGAGAUGGGUGGGGAGCUCUCGAUGGGAGAACAAAGGCAGAAGCUGAGGAGAAGGCUCUGCCACGGCUGUUCACAGGCAGAGGGUUGUUCGCUGAACCACUUGGGUUGGAAGGGAGGUCUGACCCCCGUUCGGAGCCAAACCCUUGGUGCUGCGGGGCCAGCGCUGCCCCAGAGAGACCAGCGUCCCCACGGCCGGGGCUGGUGGCAGCGUCCUGGGAAGCUCUGCGGGAUGGGGUUUACACGUAUACUUGAAGCCACACUAUCACUAGUAAUCCCGGCUCUUCCUUGCCUUUUUCACAGCACCAAAGCGCACGGUGUUGGCACCGCUGCUUCCCCAGCCCCCCAGGUCUCCCCCAGCACUGCAGGGAGGGACGGGGUGUGUGAUGGAGCCGUAAAACACGCACUGACUCUGGGGGAAGUGACCGGGAAACACCGUUUCUUCCCGGGGGGGAAGGAGACCGCAGGUUGUCCCAGUAGCAGCAGGAGAUGGGAGCGAGCUCUGCCUGCAGGGCAGCUCAUCUUUGAACCACGGGCAAAGGGGCUGUGCGGAACGCGGGGCCUUGCUUUUAUAUGAAUAAACAUUUCUUUCACAAAUAUUCUGUUUUAAAAUGACAUAAUAUAUAUUAUAUAUAUAAAUAUAUCUGUGAAAAUAAAAAUGGAACAUGCAGUGCAAACUCUU